CCGUGAGAAUUGCUCGCCGACGGUUUCCUGCAGCAGAGAGAAGAGCGGCGACGACACUAGAGAGGCAAAAACUCCUCAACAUCACCAAAUUUCAUCGCGUACAAUGAAACUGCAAUCAAAAUCUCUCUCUCUAGACGUCCGCUUCAUUCCGGUGAUAUUGCUGGUAAUGGGCCUCUCUACUCCUGGUCAGGCAGAAAUUACCAGUUUGGACUCGGGCAAUAUUGAUGAUGUCCUAAAUAAUGCCGGGGUGGCAUUAGUGAAUUUUUAUGCAGACUGGUGCAGGUUUAGUCAAAUGCUUCAUCCGAUAUUUGAGGAGGCAUCAAACAUUGUGCGGGAGGAGUUUCCUGACACUAAACAAGUGGUGUUUGCACGUGUUGAUUGUGACCAGCACUCUGACAUAGCCCAGCGGUACCGCAUCACCAAAUACCCCACCCUGAAACUGUUCCGAAAUGGGAUGAUGAUGAAAAGGGAGUACAGGGGGCAGAGAUCUGUGACCGCCAUCGCAGACUUCAUCAGAACGCAGCAGGUUGACCCAAUCAAAGAGGCCCUGACCCCUGAAGAGCUCACUAAUGUGGAUAGGAGCAAGAGGACCAUUAUAGGAUAUUUUGAAAAGAAGGAUUCGGACAACUAUCGCACAUAUGAAAAAGUGGCCAACAUCCUGCGAGAUGACUGCACAUUCCUGGCUGGGUUUGGCCCUGUGUCUCAGCACGAGCGCUUCAGUGGGGACAACAUCAUCUACAGGCCCACCGGAGAGACAGCCCCUGACAUGGUGUACCUGGGCUCUCUCACGAACUUUGACCUUGCAUACGCCUGGGUCCAGGACAAGUGUGUGCCUCUGGUCCGAGAGAUCACCUUUGAAAAUGGAGAGGAGCUAACAGAAGAAGGCCUCCCAUUCCUCAUCCUCUUCCACGUCAAAGAAGACACUGAAAGUUUAGAAAAGUUCCAGCAUGAAGUAGCAAGACAGCUUAUUAGUGAGAAAGGGACUAUAAACUUUUUACACGCGGACUGUGAUAAGUUCCGUCAUCCUCUUCUCCACAUUCAGAAAACUCCGGCUGAUUGUCCAGUCAUCGCCAUCGACUCCUUUAGACAUAUGUAUGUCUUCCCUGAGUUUAAAGACAUUUCCGUUCCCGGAAAACUGAGGCAAUUUGUCCUGGAUCUACAUUCUGGAAAACUGCACCGAGAGUUUCACCAUGGACCUGACCCCACAGAGAGCACGACUGGACAGGAGAUAGUUGGAGAAGUGGCCAGCAAACCCCCAGACAGCUCCUUCCAAAAGCUGGCCCCGAGCGAGAAGCGUUAUACCAUCCUCACACGGGCCAAGGAUGAGCUGUGAGGGACAGUCCUGCAGAGGCAGAGACCCAGUGCCAGUGGACAGGAGGGGACAAGCCCACUGCACACAGCAACACACAACAACCCUUAGCAAAGAAUCAAGGAAAACAAGAGGAAAACCUAAUCAGGAUUCAAGCAAGAAGAACUAAAGCCGUGCAAGUCCAUGACACAGACGCAUUGGAGUGACCUCUAUUUUCAUAACUUUGAUGUACUAUUUUUAUUUGGGAAGAAACGGAAAAGGGGAUAUGAAGAAAUGGGGUGGGUUUGGGGCAUUAGAAAAGCAGCAACAGUUUUUAUUUUCAUUUUUGGAGCUUGUAAAUACAUUUGUGCAGCAUAGGGUUUCUGUUUUGGUCUAAAUUAAUUUCUUUUAUUUUAUUGCAGGCUUUUUCAUGACUGGUUUUGUAGAUUGAAAUGUGUCACUCCACUUUUACGGUUCAACCCCUGAGUACUGUUGCUAUUGGAGACGCCAAAUAGUCCCCCACGCCUGUUGACUGCGUCUCUAUGUGGCCAAGUGCAUUUUUAUACAAGGCACAAGCAAUGACAUGACCACCUAUGGAAGCUCCUUGACCACCUUGUGUGUGCACAUAGUUCUGAAGUAGAUAUUUUAUAAUGCAGAGGAGGCCGGGCUCUUGCUUUGUCUGGUACUAGACUUAAAGGCGCAGUAUGUAAUAUUUCUGGUAGAUGAUUAGUCUCCUGCUUGUCUCCACUUUGCCAAAAAUGUUCCACAGUAUGGCAUAAAACCUUUAGCUUUUAUUCAAUUGCAGGUGUUUUUAUUGCUAAAAAUACCUCGAAUAACAUGCAUUCUAACUUUAGGCAGGGUCGCUUCUCCACAGAUCUGGCCUGUAAGUUGGUGGGUAACCUUCAUGAAAGUGGAUUAGAAUAGACUUAAUGCCGUACUGUGGAGUAUUGAGGACAAAGCCUAGCACAGGUGAUGUACUCUCCACCAGAAGAGUUCCACAGUGCUCCUUUAAGUGUGCCUGUAAAAAGUACUCCUAAUGAAUCAUUUUGAGUGAAUCUUUUGUUACUCAUUUACAAAUGUACAUAUUGUAUUUGAUGUAAGCCAGUAUUUGGCUAUAAGUCUCUUUGGUAGCGCCCACAUAGUGUCUUAAGCAGACUCACUUUUGCAUCAGUCAUUUCAAGGCCUGUCACAGUAGAUUUGAACUGCAAUAUCUUACAGGAAAUAUGAUAAAAGAUAAUGAUAAUGAAAACCGACUUAUACCACUGACGUAAUAACCCUAAAGCUGGUUAAUCCCCUAAGAAAUAACACUCUGAAGUUGGUAUCAUCAGCUGGUCAGUCAUUUUUAUCAACCCUCUCCAGUUUAAAUGUUGACAAUAUUCUGCAAAAUGUUAAGUUUCACAUUAGAAAAACAUUGAGGCCAACAUAUUCAUUCUUAAUUUUUUGAAAUACAAACCGAUGAAGUAAAUAUCGUUGACAGGCCUGGUGAUUACAAAAAGUAGUUAAAUAGAAUUGUUUAAAUUACGGGUACAUUUUUUGUACUCUUAUUGUAAACCAGAUUACCUUUGAUCUAUGUUCACUCGUUGUAUGAGUGGGAAACAUUCAUCCCAAAUAUUUAUUUUCUAUAUGUCACUUUGUAAAUACUGACCUCUCCAGACACGUGUAAAGCUUAGGUGAGUUCAAACGGACACUCAGUCAGGUUCAAUACUUUUUACAGGCACACUUUCCUUCAUUUUGCCAUUAAACUGGGUUUAGGUGAAUAACAUUAAAGGUGCCCUAUGUAACUUUUCUGUUUUCUGCUUGUUUCCAUGAAGAUGUUACUGCUUUGCCUGGAAAUGUUUCACAAUAUGGCAUUACACAUUUAAUUUAUUCAACUGCAAAAAACGCAUUCUGACUGAGAGUGAUGUCACCUUUUCACUGAUAUGAUCGGCAACUUGUCUGGUUGUUGUGUGCAAUAAAAAUGUUGAAUGCCAUACUGCUAAACAUUCUAGGCAAAGCAAUAUCUCCAUGGAGACAAGCAGAGGGCAGACCUGAAAAGUUAUAUACACCUUAAACUGUUUUUAGCUGUGUAUUAGAUGAAAUGGCUGUUGAUUCACUGUUGACUUGCUGUUGUCAUUAAGGAGGAAAGCAUAACCAUAACGUUUCACCAAAUUUACAAAAGUAAUUAUAUUUUUCUUUAGAUGUUUUUCUACAAUCUGAAUUUUUGGUACAUAAUUUCGAUGUGUGAAUAACAGAGGAUUGCAGCAGAUUGCAGAAUUGGUCGGAUGCUUGUAUAGUGACAUAUCAGCAAAAACCAGUGAGCAACAGAAGGGUGGAGAGUGAGUGAUGCCAUUUCUAAUUCAUUCAUCUCAAAGGGGAAGAGGAAAAUGGAAAACUAAAUUAAAAACAUUUUACAGUA